AUGCUCAGUGUCAAGAAACAAGCAGUUAGUUCACUGAAGACUCUGGUGGUGUGGUACGAGCAUCAUAAGCAGACGUGCAAACAGGAGCCCGUACUCUACGAACUGCAGCGUGUCUGCGAGUGCUCAGUGGCCAUUGUGUGGCAGUGUGAAGCAGGUCACCAGUACCUGCAGUGCUUAGAGCCAGUCCAGAAGAACUGCCACAGCCUGGAUGCUGGACCUGCUGCCAAGGACAGUGUGGCGGAGGAAAGCCAGAGUCAACAGCACCAUCCAGCGACCAAAAAGGUGAGGAAGGGGAAGAGAGGCACAGCCAGACGGAAGCCGGGACAGUCUAAUGAAUUGUACGUGAAGUGCGAAUCGGACACUUCCACCUGUGACGGGUCUGACUCCGAGCAGAAGUUUGAGGAAUAUUUCAACGUGAAACUCAUUGAUGUUGAUGCCAAUGACUCCGUUUAUGACACUGCAAACAAAGAAGGUGGCGUGAACGACAAAGCCUUGAGUUCAGGGGGCAAACCUAAUGAAGCGGCAGACAAAAAUGAAGACAGCCACGGUACUGAGGUUGGCGAGCUGGCCUCUCCAUGUCGAGUUCAGUCACCGUGCAAGAGCUCUAAUGGGGAAGACCAUCUGGCUUUGCGAGCAGAGCUGCCAGCGCUAGCUAAUGUACUGCAGACCGUUGAGAAAGAUGCACUGAGCUCCUUGACUGCCAACUGUCCUGUGACUGUGCAGCUUUCCACAGUGCAGAGUUCGGAGAUCACCGGCAUCACAGAGUCAGAGUUCGGGCAAGUACCUUUGGACACUGCGCAGCCAGUAAACCCCACUGAGUACGAGGAGAUGACGUGUACUUUUUCGGAGCAAUUGACUUACGUGAAUCCAGUGGGUGAAUGUUAUACCAUUACGGGACAGACUGAAGGCACAGAAUGGAGCGAGCAUCCAGGUGUGAUAGGAGAGAGAACAGUCAUUGAUGACUCUGCGUUGCCGGCGACUGAACCAAAGGAAGUUGCACAGAAAACGCCACACAAACCAAAGAGGAAAAAGGGCGGCUACAUUAUUGAUGCUGACGGGAUGUUUCAGCUGUUUCACUGUCCGCAUGAGGGAUGCAGCCAGGUGUACAUCACUUUGAACAGCUUCCAGAACCAUGUCAACCUUGUGCACAGAAAGGGGAAAACGAAAGUUUGUUCGCAUCCAGGUUGUGGCAAGAGGUUUUACUUAUCGAAUCAUCUCCGGCGACACAUGAUCAUUCACUCGGGUGUGCGGGAUUUUAUUUGUGAAACAUGCGGGAAGUCAUUCAAAAGGAAAAACCACCUUGAAGUUCACCGAAGGAUGCACACGGGGGAGACUCCACUCCAGUGUGAAAUCUGUGGCUAUCAGUGUCGGCAGAGGGCGUCGCUAAACUGGCACAUGAAGAAGCACGACACCGAGAUACAGUACAACUUCACCUGUGAAUACUGUGGCAAGAAGUUUGAGAAAAUGGAAAGUGUCAAAUUUCACAAGUUAAAAAGCCACCCCGAAUGUCAAACCAUGUGACGCUACUGGACUUAAAUCGCCGUAAUACUUGAGGAAUGUGUACAAACCGUCCUUGACUCCAUGUAAAUUCUGUGCAAGUACUGUGACUAUAUGGAAAAUGAAAUUUUAUAUUAUUUUCAGCUUUCUCUCUGUCAUGUGUUUUCAGGCGAGGGACAGUGAAGUUGCGGGUGGUGAACACCAUGAGUUUACUUGAAUCUUGGGCCAGUGCAAUCACUGUGCUGAGGGGGAUGUUGUCACUUCCGCAAUGCACUCUGAACCGACUGCUGAUGAAGCCAAAGGUGGAUUUGAUGCUGAACUUACAAUUAAAUGGCAUCGUUCCUGACUUCCCGUGUGCCUGCGCUUGGCAUUCUGCAGGCUAGACAGGGCACAGUGGUUGUUGGUGGCAGCAACACUGCCUUUAGUCAGCAUUCUUCUGCCUCAGUGCUUUGGUGAAUUAUCUCACGGGGCUGCUGUGCAGCAGUGACAGUCAAUAAUGUGACCCGAUCAAGCUCCAGUCGCCUAACCUCCAAGAGGUUGAUAAAGGUUAGCCUUUUGGGAACCGUCUAGGCCACUUUAAGACAACUCUUUUAAUGGGACAAUGUUGUACCCAGCUCAACAUGUGCAGCAGGUUAGCAAGCAGGAAAAAGGGUAAUCGUUUACAAUUUCGAAACAGCUACAAAUGGCAAUAAAAGAAACAGCGCACCCAGAA